AUGACAUCCUCACAGUCACUUGGUCUGCAAGUGGACUGGCGGCAGUCACCUACGUCCAGGAACAUGCUCUGCUGCAAGACAGCACAUCCUUUUGAGGCGGUGGAAACUGUGGACAGUCUGAGCCAGCUUCCCUGUUUCAGUGACAAGACUAACAAUCUAGAGGCUUACGUGAAAUGGUUCAAUCGGUUAUGCUAUCUCGUGGCGACUGAGAUUUGCAUGCCUGCCAAGAAGAAGCAGAGAGCUCAGGUGAUUGAGUUCUUCAUCGACGUAGCCCGCGAGUGCUUCAACAUUGGCAACUUCAACUCCCUGAUGGCCAUUAUCUCCGGUAUGAACAUGAGCCCUGUAUCCAGGCUGAAGAAGACUUGGGCCAAAGUGAAGACAGCCAAGUUUUUUAUCCUUGAGCACCAGAUGGACCCAACAGGGAAUUUCUGCAACUACAGGACAGCCCUGCGUGGGGCUGCCCACCGUUCUCUGACUGCCCACAGCAGUCGGGAGAAGAUCGUCAUUCCCUUCUUCAGCCUGCUCAUCAAAGACAUCUAUUUCCUGAAUGAAGGCUGUGCCAACCGCCUCCCCAAUGGACAUGUCAACUUCGAGAAAUUUCUGGAGCUGGCCAAGCAGGUUGGAGAGUUCAUCACAUGGAAACAAGUAGAGUGUCCCUUUGAGCAAGACCCCAGCAUCACCCACUACCUGCACACGGCCCCCAUCUUCAGUGAGGACG